AUGUUUACAUCAUUAUUCUCGACACAGCUGGACGAUUUCCGGCGCUCAGGAUUGAUUGGUUUAAAAGUUGAUCGGAGUUUAUACGGUGGAUCAAAUAUUGAGAUCGAUUAUAAAUGCAAUGAGGCCAAUGAUAACAAAGAUUACAUUCAGUUUGAGUAUGAGGAUGCUGGUUAUCAAACCAUUUUUGCUGUCGAUUAUUUCACCGAUCUCUGGGCUUAUCUCGAUUGUAUCGGGACACCAAAAAUGGGUAUUCUGUGGACAAAUGAGGCUCAUGCAGAUGAGAAAAUUUGGCACAACUCUGAUGAAUAUUAUGUGAAAUUGUUGAGGGAAAACAAAGAACAGCUUGACGAUUCUUUUGUAAUCAUCAUGGGCGAUCAUGGAAGAGAUUUCCAAAUGGAUGACCCAUUCUUUCGAUUAAUGGGUGAACACGGGAAACGCUUUGAUAUGCCAACCGGUUCUCGUCAAGGUCCCUUUGAAAACACGAACAUUCUCAUGCUUUUUUCGAUUCCAAAGAGGCUACGAAACACUCAAAUUGAUGAUAUGAUCCGUAAAAACAGCGUCCAUCUAUUCACCCAUCACGAUUUGCAUGCAACUCUCAUUGAUAUUAUACGACAUCAACCACUCGCUCAGUUCAACGAUCAAAGCUUUUUGAAGAUUAAUGGUACUCUUGGAAACUCGUGGUUGAGAGAAUUGGAUCGAGAUUUGCCAAGAGAUUGUCGACAUUUACCCAUUCCAUCUCAGUUUUGCCCAUGUAAUUACGGGAAAGAAGUCGUUAUUGAAAAGCGAAUUUCAAAGAAGAAGCCGGUGAAU